CCGGCACCUCGGCCUUUUGGGCGCCGUCUCCUCAGCGUGGCGGACAUGGCGGUGGGAAUGGGCUGGGGCGGCGCCGAGGAGCCGCGGACCGCGAGGAAGGCCAAGGCUCAGAGUGAUAGAAACAAAACUACUUCCCUAGAAAUUAAGAAGAAAUCUGAUGCAGUUGAGAAUGAAUCAUUGGAUGAAGACAGUUCCCCGACCCCCAAAAAGUUAAAACUGAAAACGAUUCUAAAUUGGCCGGCUGAAGAGCAAAACGGGAUUUUAGAUGGAAUUAAUCCCUCCAAAUCCAAAACAUCCAAAAAGAAAGCACAUGGGCAGGCUAAAGAGCAAAAUGGGAUUUUCGAUGAAUUUGGCCCCCCCCAACCCAAAAAAGUGAAAAAGGAAAAGCCAAAUGAGAUUUUUGGCAAGGCAGAGGAGCUCCAGAUUUCCUCCAAGCCCACGAAAGGGAAAAAGAACAAGCUGCCCAAUGGAAGCAUUAACGAGACUAGGAAAACACCCAAGAAUGAUUCAUACCUGGUCAAUGGAUUAUCGUCCCCAGCCUCAACGGACGACGAGCCCGAGCAGGUCCUAACGCCCGAACAGAAAGAAGGUGCCUUCUCCAAUUUCCCCAUCUCGGAGCAGACCAUACGGCUUCUGAAAGAUCGAGGGGUGACCUACCUGUUUCCCAUACAAGUCAAGACGUUUCAUCACGUGUACGAAGGCCGGGAUGUGGUCGCCCAAGCUCGGACGGGAACCGGAAAGACCUUCUCCUUCGCGAUCCCCUUGACCGAGAAACUUCAGAGGAAGCGAGAGGAACAGAAGCGAGGCUACCCCCCCAAGGUGCUUGUGUUGACUCCAACCAGAGAACUUGCAAACCAAGUAGCCAAGGACUUCAAAGACAUCACCAGAACCCUCACGGUGGCUUGCUUUUAUGGCGGCACACCCUAUAACGGCCAGAUCGACCUCAUCCGCAAGGGAAUCGACAUUUUGGUGGGGACCCCGGGUCGUAUUAAGGACCAUCUGGAGAGCGGCCGGUUAGAUCUUACUAAACUGUAUCACGUCGUGCUCGAUGAAGUCGAUCAGAUGUUAGAUAUGGGCUUCGCUGAGGAUGUGGAAAAGAUUAUAAGUGGAGCAUAUAAUAGAGAGUCAGAAGACAAUCCUCAGACCCUGCUGUUUUCUGCAACUUGUCCACAGUGGGUGUACAAAGUGGCAAAAAAAUACAUGAAAGCCAAAUACGAACAGGUAGACCUCAUCGGGAAGUUGACUCAAAAGGCCGCAACCACCGUGGAGCAUUUGGCUAUCCAGUGCCGAGAGAACCAAAGAGCUGCCGUGAUUGGAGACGUCAUCCAGGUCUACAGUGGAAAUCAAGGGCGGGCCAUUGUCUUUUGUGAGACAAAGAAAGAUGCGACAGAAAUGGCCUUGAAUUCCAACAUAAAACAGGAGGCCCAGGCUCUGCAUGGUGAUAUUGCUCAGAGCCAAAGGGAAAUUACACUGAAGGGCUUCAGAAACGGUGUCUUUAAAGUUCUGGUGGCAACCAAUGUGGCUGCUCGUGGUUUGGACAUUCCAGAGGUUGAUCUAGUGAUUCAGAGUUCACCUCCAAAGGACGUCGAGUCUUACAUCCAUCGUUCCGGACGCACAGGUCGAGCUGGACGUACGGGGAUCUGCAUUUGCUUUUUUCAGCCGAGGGAGAGGUGUCAGCUCAGAUACGUGGAACAAAAAUCGGGAAUUACCUUUAAACAUGUAAAUAUUCCAUCUUUAGUAGAUAUAAUUCAAGCCUCCAGCAAAGAUGCUAUCAGCUCCCUGGCAUCUGUGCCCUUGGAAGCCCUGGAAAAAUUCCGUACGUACGCCAAGACGCUGAUCGAGGAGAAGGGAGCGGUCGAGGCCUUGGCCGCAGCUUUAGCCCACAUUGCAGGUGCCUCCAGCUUCCAGCAGCGCUCCCUCAUCAGUUCCGACAAGGGAUUUGUGACUGUGGCCUUGAAAUGUUCAGAAGAGUUGAAGCAUACUAGCGCCGCCCAGACAGAACUCAGAGCGAAACUGACUGCUGAUCUUGCAGCCCAAGUAACCAGAAUGUGUCUCCUGAAAGGAAAAAGAGGUGUUUGCUUUGAUGUUCCCAGCGCACAGGUGGAUCAGAUAAAGGCCGAGUGGAAAGAUUCAGAAAAGUGGAAGCUCUCACUGCCCCAGCAAUUGCCCGAGUUGGAGAGAGACUACGACGACGGAGGCAGGUUCUCCAACUUCAGGCAAAGAGUUCAGCACGGGAACCGGCUGGGCGCUUUCCGUGGCAACCGGCAAGGGAACCGGCAAGGGAACCGGAUGGGGAAUCACCCGAGAGGCGGCUUCAACAGAGGCGGCUUCAACAGAGGCGGCUUCAACAGAGGCGGUAAUAGAAAUGGAUUCCAAAACGGGGGCCAGAAGAGGAAUUUUCACCAAAUAUUUGAUUAACACCGCCGGCGGGCGAUGGCCAAAGCUGGGGUGAACCCACAAAGGAAGGUCAUCCUAGUAGGUGUGGUUGGCCAAACGUUUGUUCUUACACAACUGCAGGUGAAUGGCUGUAAGGAAAUUCACGUCAUAAUACUGUCUCCAGGGGGGAGUUUUAUUCUCAUCACUGUCGUCAUAAAAAGCUGUAUCCAGAGAAUCAA